GCCGAGAGCUCACUACCGAAGGACGCGCCAAGCAGCAACAAAAUAUAUUAACAACUUCUUUCUUAAAAAAAAAAAAAGAAAAAGAAUUUUAUCCAAUUUCUCCAACGUUUCUCUUUUCGAUUUUCAAAUUCUACUUCCCGCGUUUUCGCCUUGCAAUUCCAAAGAUUGAACGAAAUUCCUGCUUUUGGGAUCGCAAACACUUGUUCCUUGCAGUUUCUUCGUUCUCAGAUUUCCCUGGGAAGCCAAAUCAACUCAUGGAGGCUCUUUAUAAGAAGCUCUACGACAAGUACACUAAACUUAAGACAAAAAAAAUGUCAGACUUUGAUCAGCUCAAUAAAGAUCAAGAAGCAAAAUUUUUGAAUUAUGUAUCUGCUGCAGAGGAGUUGAUUCAACAUUUAAAAAGUGAAAAUGAUAAAUUGCGUCUCCAGGUUAAUGAAUUGAGAGAUGAAAUGGCUUCGACUAGGUCCAGCAUGGAUGCAAAAUGUGCUGAUUAUCAAAAGCUAUUAAUGGAAGAGAAUCAAAGAAAUAGUACUCUUUCUGAAGAAGUUGAGAAGCUUCAGAAACUUCAGCAGGAGGGAAAUUUUGGUGGUUUUACCAACGGAAUAAGCAAGGAACUACACACGCCUAGUGGCUCCCAAUCUGUAUUUGGAGUAGUUUCAAAAGGCACAUCUGGAGGAACUACAAGAAGAAAGCGUUCCAGAGAUACUACUCAAGUCACCGAUGAUGCUACUCAAGUCACCGAUGAAGUCAGAGUAGUUAAUGCAAGUGCUCAAGCUGAGCCCACGCAAAGGCAAUCAACAAGUGAACUACCUGAGAAAGCUGCAUUCAGCGAGGGUUGCUCCGGAAGCAAAGAUGGCAGAUUAAAUGACUGUGUUUCUACCAACUGCCCCUACCAAUGCCUUGUAGAGCACAUGAUGGGCAUGGAAGUAUCAACCACCAAUGGAAAUGAAGGAAUAUGUAUAUCAGCAUUUCAUAAAUCAAGUGGUUACUCAUUCAGCCUUACGUGGGUAAAUAAAUUAGCUGGAGAAACAGAAAUCCUGUAUCGCGUCUUAUCUCUGGGUACGUUCGAGAGGGUAGCACCAGAAUGGAUGAAGGAGGAGGCCAUUAUAUUCAGCACGAGUAUGUGCCCGACUUUCUUUGAGAAGGUAACAAGAGUCAUCAAGCUGCACUGCUGAUAAAAAAAGCAUGUCUAGUGCUUUCUAAUCCCAAUUAGGCUUUCAAGUUAGUUUUCUCAUUGCUAAAUGAACUCGAACAGUGAGCAAGCUAUCAAAAACUGCUUGCUUGAUUAUUUUGCAAAUUCAUGUACAAAAUGCCUCCGGAAAUACCCCUUUGGUAACUUAA